AUGUCCAUCUCCAUGUCCGCCCUCCGCUUCCGCGCGCUCGCCCGGCCACUCGCCGCCUCCUCGUCCUCCCUCCGCUUUGCCCCCUCCCUCCUCGCCCGCACCUAUGCGUCGCGGGCACCAAGGAGCGACAUGGGUGAGGGCGAGGCGGCCAUCUACAAGAUGCUCGACGAGGCGUUCCCCGGCACACGGCUCGAUGUGCAGGAUGUAUCUGGUGGCUGCGGCUCCUUCUACGCCAUCUUGAUAUCUUCGCCGGCGUUCAAGGGCCUCUCGAUGGUCAAGCAGCACAAGCUCGUCAACGAAUGCCUCAAGGAGACGAUCAAGGGGAUCCACGGGCUGCAGCUCAAGACCAUCCCUGAGGACAGCGCGUAA